CUAAAAUCAUAUUCCAGCAUCACAACAAAUAGCAAUUAAUUAUUUUAAAUAAAAUAUUCUGCAUAUUUAACAGAUAAUUAUAUAUCUGUAUUAUAAUUUUCUGUCUGUAGGAAAAACCUGGACAAUUUGACGGACUACUUUUGUUAUGGAAGCCCCACAGAAAUUGCAGGUAAUCCUGCUUGGUGCAACUGGGUCUGGAAAAAGUGCUUCAGGAAACAUCAUACUCAAUAAAAAGGUCUUCAAAUCUUACGCAUCUACUCAGUCAGUGACAUUAUCAUACCAGACGGCUUCAGCCACAGUGAAUGGAAUGGAAGUCACAGUUGUGGACACUCCAGGAUGGCACUGCACUAAAAUCUCUGAGGAUGAGGUGGCAUCCCAAAUUAAGACAGCCAUUUUGUCACUUAAUGGACCUUAUGCUUUUCUUUUGGUCUUCCCUAUCGGUUCCUUUACUGCCAAAGAAAUGCUAAUGAUUCCAAAAUUACAUAAAGUCUUAGGAGAACAAUUCAUGAAUCACACCUCAAUUCUGUUCACACACUCUGAUAACCUUGAGUCAAAAUCCUUUAAGCAAUUUCUAGAGGAGGAAACAGGACCAUUGCGGAGCAUUAUUCUCAGCUGUGGGAAUCGAGUGUUCACCUGGAACAACAAAGACAGUUCAUCUGUCAAGAAGAGUCUGAACAAAGUCUUACAAGCUCUGAAAGUAACACAGAUAAAGAGUGACGAUGAAAUGGAUUGUGCCAAUAUUAACAAUCAAGAUGAAAAAAUGAGGAUUAGAAAGCCAGAACAGGGUCAGCACCCAUCUGAUAAAGUGACCGGACCUUCAAAUGCACAAAAGAAGAGGCCCAAGAAAGACAAUACAGAUCCUCAGGACAAAACUACUCAACAGGUCAGAGUUGUUGUUUUGGGAAAGACUGGAUCAGGAAAAACCUCAACCAUCCAGACUCUUUUAGGAAAAGAUGCCAAAACCAAAAGCAGCAAAUCCCCUGUGUAUACAAUCAGCAGGCCUGGGGUUAAUUUAAUGUUGAUUGAUUCUCCUGGAAUUAAAGACGAAACAGAAGUGAACGAUUCAAUCUCUCAGUCUCUUUCACAUGCCACUCCAGGACUGCACGUCAUUAUGAUUGUAAUUAAAGUGGGAGAAAUUACAGCAGAAACCUUUAAAAUGAUAGAUCACAUACACACGUGUCUUGACAAAUCAAGAGCACACACACUGAUCGUUUUCUCUGGAAAGGAUGAUCUGGAAGACAAAGAUAUCGAAGGGUUCAUUAAGGAGAAUACAGAGCUUGACGGCCUUCUAAAAAUGUAUGACAAAAGAUAUCAUGCACUGAAUAACAAGGACAUUGAGGAUCAGACUCAAGUAAAUCAACUGCUGGAGAAGAUUUCUGAUAUAUACCAUAAAAACAAAGGUCAAUUCAUCAAAGAACAUGGGAAACGCCAGGAAAAAGGUAAAUCUAAGUAA